AUGCCUACAGAUACAAAGAGAGUUGAUGCCGAUGCAUCAGAAUUACUCUCUAGUCUUUCUUUAAACAAACUGGAAAAUAAAAAGGAAGAAUCAAAGUCGGAGAAGGCACCACCAUCGACUAAAGAUAAGUCGCCAGUGGAAACCGAGCCAUCGAGUGAUUCGGCACUUGCUAGUUCAGCUGACCCCAAACCCGAUGAGAACAAGAAGGAUACAUCCGAACCUGAGUCGAAUUUAGUGUCCAGUCAAUAUGAAGUGCAGGUGAAAUUGGCCGAUUUGCAAGCCGAUCCAAAUUCACCUUUAUAUUCAGUAAAAUCGUUUGAUGAACUAGGACUCAAACCUGAAUUACUCAAAGGUUUGUACGCCAUGAAAUUCAACAAGCCAUCCAAAAUUCAAGAAAAGGCUCUACCAUUAUUGAUUUCUAACCCUCCCAAGAAUAUGAUUGGACAAUCGCAAUCAGGUACUGGGAAAACAGCAGCAUUUUCAUUAACAAUGUUGUCACGAGUCGAUGAAAGCAUCAAAGAACCGCAAGCUAUAUGCUUGGCACCUACAAGAGAAUUGGCAAGACAAACGAUGGAAGUUAUCACCACCAUGGGCAAAUUCUCCUCAAUAACUACGCAAUUGGUGGUCCCCGAGCUGGUUCCUAGAGGACAGGCAGUGCAUGCUCAAAUCAUUGUUGGAACGCCAGGUUUGGUUAAUGAUUUGGUUAAUAGACGAUUGAUCAAUAUUAGUAAUCUAAAGGUCUUUGUCCUUGAUGAAGCUGAUAAUAUGUUGGAUGCGCAAAACUUGGGUGACCAAUGUCUUAGACUUAAAAAGAGGUUACCUAAAACCACGCAAUUGGUGUUGUUUAGUGCUACAUUCCCCGAUGAGGUUAGAAGGUAUGCUGAAAGAUUUGUCCCCAAUGCAAAUUCGUUGCAAUUGAAACAAGAAGAGUUGAAUGUUGCUGGUAUCAAACAAUUGUACAUGGAUUGUCGUUCAGAGGAUCAUAAGUUUGAAGUAUUGUGCGAAUUGUAUGGAUUGUUAACGAUUGGAUCAUCAAUUAUAUUCGUUGAAAAGAAGGACACUUCCGAAAGAUUAUGGCACAAGAUGAAACAAGAAGGGCAUAAGGUGUCAUUGUUGCACGGUAGUUUAGAAGCAAGUGAACGUGAUCGUUUAAUUGAUGAUUUUAGAGAAGGUAGAUCAAAGGUAUUGAUUACAACAAACGUUCUUGCCAGAGGUAUUGAUAUCGCGUCCGUUUCCAUGGUGGUUAAUUAUGAUUUACCGGUAACAGGGCCAGAAAGAAGAGCUGACCCUUCAACUUAUUUGCAUAGAAUUGGAAGAACGGGUAGAUUUGGGAGAGUUGGAGUGUCCGUUUCAUUUGUAGCUAGUGAACGUGACUUGAAGGUAUUGCAAGCAAUUCAACAGUAUUUCGGUGGUAUUGAAAUGACUAGAGUACCUACUGAUGACUGGGAUGAGGUUGAGGAAAUUGUCACAAAGGUUAUAAAGAGUAAAUAA